CUUAGAAUAUUUCGUUGAGACUUCUUUCAAAAAGCUAUACGAUCCAGUAAAAUGAAUGUUCUUCAAGGACAAUACGGAUCGAACGUGAUAAAGCGCGCCCGUAGUCUUCCUUCUUUGUCCAUGRUCACACGAAUAGCUGCUGAUGGCRAGGCGUCGRAGGUGGUGAUCUAUUCAUCUCUCGAUGAGCAAUCGAUAGGCUCGAGUCAAUCCACUACGGAAGACAAUGUACAGCCCCUAAAAUCAAAACUAAAUAGAUGGAUCUUAUGGUCGCUGGUUUCCUUAGUGGUGUUGGUGGCCCAGAGCACCGUAUCGAUCACCCUAAAACACAAUGGCAUAAUAUCUAGAGACCUUCACGAUAUUGUCUCCGAGCGUGUGUCUCCGGUGGCAGAGCGYGUYAUACCAGAACUCCAGCAACGAUUGGAAUURUUUGAGAACAGGAUGCUCGAUACKCUGGAAAUGGCAAGAUACAUGGCUCCCAAUUUCAACGAAACGCUGUUCUGGCGAAGAAUGAAUUCGACGUCGCUGGAUCGAGAAGAAAUAGCGAUGACUGCUACGACCAACCAGAAAAUGCGCCCAGGUUUUCAGCUAGCACAAAAGGUGGGUGCAAAAGGCCAGUAUCCGGUGGUAAUGGUCCCGGGGUUUGUGACUAGCGGUUUGGAGGUCUGGAAAGGAAAGUCGUGCAUGCAAAACCUCUUCCGGGAGCGCGUCUGGGGCGGWCUUUCUUCCGCUCAGUAUUGGUUGCGCGAACGUUUCUGUAUCAUGGAGAAUCUGGCGCUGGAUCCUUUUACYGGGGGCGACCCCGAAGGCAUCAAGCUGCGAAGCUCCCAGGGUUUUUCAGCCGCCGAUUUCUUUGUGGGCAGUGACUGGAUGUGUAAGUAACGGAAAGGAAAAUAAUAUUGAAACAACUUCUUGGGGAUGUUUUCUCGAGAUAACAUUAACGUCGCGCCCCGUUUUCUUCUUCUUUCAUUGCACUUUGUCUGUUUCGUAGGGGGCAAUUAUUGGGUUUGGUCUAAGAUUCUGGAGAAUCUUGCGGAUUUAGACUACGAUACCAAUUCGAUGACKUUGGAGGCCUACGAUUGGCGUUUGGGAAUGCAAAUCCUGGAAGAACGCGAUAGUUACUUUACCCAUCUCAAAAAUAGAAUCGAGGCUUACCACAAAUCGGCUGGUAAGAAAGUUAUUAUCACGGUGCACUCUAUGGGAGCAAUUGUUGUGCACCACUUCUUUGCAUGGGUUACGGAACCCAAACGACGAGGUGGGGGUGGUGGCGGGAAGAAAUGGGUCGACGAACAUAUUCACGCGUAUGUGAGCAUUGCUGGUGCUCACCUGGGAGUACCGAAAGCCGCCAGUGCCCUGAUGUCRGGAGAAAUAAGCGACAUGGUCUUUAUGGGGGGCAUGGGAAGCGUGCUCGAACGUUUUAUUCCACGCAAGGCAAGGAGAGAUCUAUAUCAUACCUGGGGGAGUCUGUGGGCGGUAGGUUUUGCCACCAUUUCAUGAGGACUUACGAAUACCAACACCAUUUUCUCACCGAUUUCUCGUUUUUGUUUGUUUGUUUGUAGAUGCUUCCAAAAGGAGGUGAUGCACUGUGGUCGAUCGGCGCCGAYUUCUCCGAGACGCAAAGUUGCGACGGUUCAGACGGUGCAUGUCCAUGGUACCAACACGAAAUAGAGAAGAAUCUGUUUGUCAUGUCGUCUGAGAAGACCGAGGACGACGCACCCAACCAUCCCAUUCACUGCAACAGGAACGAUUUAAUAGACAAGAAGUCCGAAUCAACCGUGAAUCUUGCUCUGCAACAACUUGCUUCCGGGAUAGGUCAUACGACACAGAGCAUUAUUGAUUUCUUGCUCACCUGGGGGGGCGGCUUUGGUCCCGGUACCUCMCCGGCCAAGUUGUAUUCGUUCCAUCAAAGUCCCCGCGAGAAGCUGUCGGSUAGAACCUGGCACGAUGUCACACAGACCCCGCUUCCGUAUGCCCCAAAGAUGAAGAUUUACUGCCUGUACGGCGUUGGGGUUGAAACCGAACGCGCCUACUUUUACAAACGCAACCCGGGCGAGCACGGGUUGUUCGCACAGGACAACAGCAGCGACAAUGGCAAGAASARCACCCAAACCAUUGCCGACCCACCCUUUAUAAUGGACACCAGCAUUGAGGAYCCGAACCUCGGGAUCGURCACGGAAUCAAAUACACCGACGGCGACGGAAGCGUCCCGCUCCUGAGCCUGGGGUAUAUGUGCGCGGGUCCCUGGCGGGACAAAACCUCUGGGAUGAAUCCCUCCGGGAGCAAAGUCAUCACGCGGGAAUACAACCACCGCACCGAGUUUCUGGCGGACGAUCCUUUGCGGAAGGGUCCGCAUUCCGGCGAGUGAGUUGGAUCGAAUCGAACCCGAUUGGUUGUUUUUUUCUUUGCGCAUAAGUAACUAACUUGUUCGCUCUGCUCUGCUUCGUUUACUCGUUCUCUACUCUUCUCUGUGGCCACACCAGACACGUGGACAUUCUGGGAAACCACGACAUGAUGGAAGAUUUCAUGAAAAUCGUCAGCGACGAGGACGUGGACUCUGUAACGGACAGUUUCGUGAGUGACAUCGAAAAUAUUGUCCAGCGAAUCAAGGACCAUCCCGACGGGGGACUGCCCCGGCCGAAACGAAGGAAGCGUUGAGUUGAGGCCAACCCCUCCCCCGUCCCCUUAGGCAUCACAUUCGUAUCUUCUACUGUAUUUUUUAUCCUUCUGUUUUUUAAUAGAACCUCGAAGACAAGCGUAUAGUAUACAUUAGCUUCGGCUCAUUCGCCUAUUUGGUUGUAUUCGCAAGGGCACGACGUUUUUGAAUAGAUAUUGUUUUUAAAA